AUUCCCUCAGUGUCAACUGUCAAUUGUCAAACUGUCAAUAUUUAAACGUAUGACUGAACUGAACUAAACAGUACAAUUCCCUAAAAAUGGUUUCAGUACAAAAGUCCAUCAAAUGCAUUUUUUGCCAGAUUUGUGAAGGUCUGGCGCCAGCAACUAUCGUUCAUCAGGAUCUAAAAUAUUUGGCUUUUAAUGACAUCAAACCAUCUGCUAAAAACCACCUUCUAGUCAUUCCUAGAGAUCACAUCAAUGAUAUUAAAAGUCUUACAAUAGAAACAGUCAGCAUGGUUGAAGAAAUGGUAGCUGUAGGACAGCAACUUGUGAAGAAUCAUGGAGGAGACUUGAGUGAUUGCAGAAUGGGAUUUCAUUGGCCUCCUUUUAAUUCUAUUAAACAUCUGCACCUACACGUGAUAUUUCCUGAGAGUGCUAUGAGUUUUAUAGGACGUCAAGUAUUUCGGCCUGGAACAUUUUAUUUCGCAACGCCGGAAGUAGCAAUCGAAUGGAUCAAAAAGCACAGCGCUUCGUUAUAAAACACGCAAUUUGUUUCUUGUUGACCUUUUAGUAAAAUAAGUGGGAAAUUAAAUAUCAUUAAUAUUCUAUUACAAAGAUGUUAGAUUUUUGUAAGCAAAUUAACUUGAAUAAAUCAAUUAAUGAAUA